AUGACUGAUAGUUGUGAUCUUAACAAUGCAAAUGGCAAGGAGUGUAUCGCAGAAGAUAUGUCUAUGGAAACUGAGUCCAAUAAAGAGGUAAAUGUUUGCAUGGAGGAGGUGCUCAACAAAUCUGUUGAAAUGAAUGCAGAUGGUAUUAACAAUGUUGACACAGAUAUAUUGAAUAAAACUGUGCAAGAAAUUGAUAAAGAUUCUAUACAAGAGAAUGAGGAAUUCCAAGGUCCUAAUAGUUGUAAAAGAUUUUCCAAGAUAAUAGAUAGUGACUCAGAAGAUGAAAAUAUCUUUACAUCACAGAUGAAAAGAGAAAGAAAUGUUACUAAAUCAUCUGAAGACAAAGAAUAUUCAAAUAAGAAGAGGAAUAAGAAGAAAAUUUUUGAUAGUGAUACAGACGAAGAAGUGCUUAAUGUUAAUAAUAAUCAUAAUGCAGAAGGAAUUUCAAAUAAAGAAAAGGAAGGGAACGCUGUACAAAAUAGAUUUCAAUCUCUAGUAGAUUCAGAAUCAGAGGAAGAAGAUGAAAGGACUCCUAUGAAGUAUGAGGAAAGUAAACAACACAAGGAACAUAGUAAAUUUACAAAGAGAAAGGUCUCAUCGAGGGCUAGCAAAGAUGAAGCCAUGAAACAGAUACAUAGUGAAACUCAACGUUUAAUAAGAGAAACUGAAAUUUCCCUUCCUUACCACAGACCAAAACAGAGAACAUUACAAGAAUCUUUGAGCAGGAAGAAAGUACUCUCUGCUCUACCAAAAGCUUCUACAAUGGCAGCUAAAUUAAAGAUGUCAUCUGCUAUUGUCGACAAAGUUUUGAAGGAAAAAGAGGAAGAAACAGAGGUAUUUUACAAGUCUUCUGAUUCAGAAGAGGAAGCAAUAGAAAGUCAUUCAGAAACGGAUAAAGAAAGCCCUUCAGAAGCGGAUAAAGAAAGCCCUUCAGAAGGGGACAAAGAAAGCGAAAAUAUACAAUGUACACAAAAAGUUAGGAAAGAUAUCAUUCCAAAAAAAUUGUUUGUUUCUGAUAGUUUAUCUGUAGAUAAUAAUAAAGAAGAAAGUAGUGCAUAUGUGGUACACGAAGCAAAUGAAAUUGCCACAGAAACGAACGAGACAGAAAGCAAUGAACUAACAGCAAUCAGUACAAUGCUAAUAGACGAUUUGAGUGAUUUGGUGACACUAGAAACUCAUUGCAAUACUACAGAUACAGAGAAUGGAAGCCAACACCGUACAUCGGAAACCGAGAAAAUAGUUGAUGCACCUCGUAAUAAAGAAGAAGAUAAUUUGUUACAAAGCGGGCAUAUUGAAAAUGGCGAUAGAGACAAAAAUACGGUCAAAAGCACUUUCGAUGAAAGAUGCGACGACGAAGAAAAUAAUUCCAAGUUUACGAAUGAUUUCUCAGAAGCGUCCACUUCGAAAACCAACAACGAUUUCUCGGAAGCGUCCACUUCGAAAACUAAUAACGAUUUCUUGGAGGCGUCCACUUCGAAAAUCAAUAACGAUUUCUCGGAGGCGUCCACUUCGAAAACCAAUAACGAUUAUGCGACAAUGGUAAAGCGAUCGUUGGGAAUACCUAUAGAAGAGUCUGAUGAAUACGACGAGUAUGGUUUACCACCGCCUAAGUUCGAUAACUCUCCAAACAUGAACGAGAAGAAGACAUCAUUGAACGUACAAAGUUUAAAACCAAAAUUAAAAGGCGCGCCGGGUACGAUGAUCGAUUUAUCAGAUGACGUUAAACCAAACAAGAGAGGGGUAGACGCCUUGAUCGAUCGAUUCCUAUUUAAACAUUCCAAGAAGGAUGAAAAAGUUAAGGAUAUAUCAGAGGUGACGGUAACACAUAUAAAAGAGUCCCCGAAUGGGUUACCGAUCGUAGUUAAAGAAACACUCCCAUACAAACUGCCAACAUUCGGAAAGGAAGAUCCCGCAUUGCAGAAACCUGGGGCAAAGUUGUUGCGUCUGAAGGAGGAAUUGAAGCAUCGAAUUGCGAUGAAGCAUGAGGUAGAGUGGAAAGAAAAAGAACAGGAGAUGAAGGAACACGAGAUAGACUGGACCGAGACUCUCGACGAUGAAGAGGAGUUUAGCAAAUCCUAUUCACCGAGUAUUGAGACAAACGAAACCGAAGAGGAUGAACCGGUAGAAGAUGAUGUAUACGAGCAGAGAAAGAAGAAGACGAAAAGUAAAUGCGCUUUCGUAGAUGACGAAGCAGAAGUCAGUGGCGACGAUGAAGACAAUGAUGAAAUUAUAGACGAGGAUGAGGAUGAAAAUUCAGAGAAAGAGGACGAAGAAUGCGAGAGGCUUAUUUUAGAAGACGAUGAGAGCAGCACAUGUAGUAGCGCUAAUAUGAAUCGUAAAUCGUUCAAACGAAUCGUCGAACCUAUAGAAGAUGAUUCUAGGUCUUGUGAUACAGUGAAGAGUGACGACACGGUAAUGAAGGACAGGAAGGUGUCGCGAACAAUGAUUAGUUUGGAUAUGUUCAACGGGAGCGCCAGCGAUAAUGAAAGCGAUAUUCCAGUCUCGCAAAUGCACGUUGAAAAUGACUUGGAAGGCGAAGAAACCAGUCGAACACCGCGUAUUAAGGCCAACAGUUUUAAUUUCGUUUCCCCUGCGACGCAAUUGACAGCAUUAAGUACCGGCUUGGAGGACGAGAAGAAGUCAGCUCAGGUCGAGCAAGUGUCGUUGGUCAACGAAUCUGAUCCGAUUCUGAUGGAAAGUCCGCUGAUCGAUGGAUUUUCGCAACGGUUCCGCGGUUCGAAGAACGAAGCACUACCACACAGGAAGUUACCGUUCACCGAUCAAAACGACAUGACGGAGGAUGAUCUCAUGGGAUUGUGCUCCGGUACAUUCCUCACGAAUAAGAAUAACCUGUACGCCUCGAAAGAGCCGGAUGUCUCCGAAUCGCAGCUACUAGAGUUAUGCUCGGGAACAUUUAGCAGCCAGGCGAACAAUUCGGAAGUGUUAACGAAUUACUUGUCGAGCGAAAAAUCGCAAGAUGUAUCAACGGGAAGAGGUUCAACGUCCAUCGAGAAAGACGAUUGUCAAGAGAACGAACGAUCGAAGGGGAACGACGUGUCCCAAAAGAAAUCCAGUGUCCGGUACUUCGAAGAAGACGAACAGGACGAAGAUCUGAUGGAGCAGCCGAUCAAGAUUCGACCGAUGAAGAGGAAGGUGAAGAAGCUAGAUUUAUCCGAUGACGAGGAAGAGAACGAACGUUCGAUGCUCAGCGACGAUGAUGAACAAAGCGAAGACGACGAGGACGAACAAAACGAAGACGACGAAGACAAAUUUAUAGAUUAUGAUUCAGAGGAGAACGAAGUGGUUGUCCCGAAGAAGAGUAUAAAGCAGUACGCGGCCACGUUUUUAGAAAAUGAAGCCGAGCUAAGCGAGAGCGACUGUGAUGUGUCCGCGGACGAGGAUGAAAAGGACAUGGACGAUUUGGAAUUGGAGGAAGGGGACGACGAGGAAAUCGAUGAGAUAAAGAUGAAGAAUCAACUGGGUAAACUGCAUAUGAAGCAAAUACUGGAUAAGGAUCAGAAGGAAGUAAAGAUACUCAAGGAACUGUUGUUCGAGGAGGGAGAUAUGUUCAGUGACAGCGCUCGAGAACGAAAAUUCAAGUGGAAGAAUAUAGAUAAACAAGACGGUAACGAUCAGUUCGAACCAUCAGAAGAUAAAGACGGUUGGGUUGAUUUGUCGGAUGAUGAGGAUGAAGCAAAAUGGCGUAAGAUAAGGCAUGAAAGAGAAAAAUUCCUAGCAGAAAAGAUGUCAAAGGAGAACGUAGAAUCCGAGAUCGAGAAUGAAUUACAGGACAGUCAAAUAUUUCAACUCGGUAUGAAGAUUCUCAAGAAAAGGCGAGUCGACGAAAAUCAGACAGAGAACACGUUGGUGGAUUCGGUCGAUUCCAAAGUUAAGUCAAGACUACCGAUCACUGUCGCAGAAAUGUUGAACUGUUCAAAUUUACAGGGAAAAUCACGUCUGAUACAUAAUGUCAUGCAGAAACGUUCGUUUCUUGCGAGGGGGGAAGAGACGCUGACGCGUCUGGCUGUUCUGGCUAGGCAAAAGGAUGUGCCGGCACAAUUGAAAAAUCCAAAAAAUUUUGUUUUCGCGCACAUUGAUCCGUCCGCGGAAAACAAAAGCGCCGAUCCCGUUUUGCAAACGGAACAUCAACGCUAUAAAGGUAAACGAAAAUAUUGAUACACACAUAUAG